CCAGCAGCACAAGUGCACAAGCACCUGCUCUCCCCUCCUGCCGCUCUACUAUAAACACACAAACCCUUGGCUCCUCGCGAGAUUACCAUCAGUUUCCCCUGUCCCCGAUCAAGAAUCGCAGCACCAGCCAUGGCGAAGCCGCGGUUUCUUCUCUGCCUCGUAGUCGCCGCCGCGGCGCUGCUGCUCGUCGCCGCCGCCAAGAAAUCCGGCGACGUGACGGAGCUCCAGAUCGGCGUCAAGCACAAGCCAGAAUCCUGCAGCAUUCAAGCUCACAAAGGUGACAGGGUUAAAGUUCACUACCGUGGGAAACUUACUGAUGGAACGGUUUUUGAUUCGAGCUAUGAAAGGGGUGACCCAAUUGAAUUUGAAUUGGGCACUGGCCAAGUGAUCAAAGGAUGGGAUCAGGGUCUCCUGGGAAUGUGCGUUGGUGAGAAGCGAAAGCUGAAGAUCCCUUCAAAGCUUGGCUAUGGGCCUCAAGGAUCGCCACCUACUAUUCCUGGUGGAGCAACUCUCAUAUUUGACACUGAGCUUGUUGCUGUCAAUGGGGAGCCAGCCAGCAAAUCAGACGAGGACGAUGCUGGCAGUGAGCUUUAGAUAGCUGAGACAGUAAGAUCGACUUCCAGAUCAAACGAAGUCUAGUUUUAAAAUCUCAAAUCAAAUAGAUGAAUGCAUAAACCAUUUUACUCGAACAUGGCGUAUGCAAUGUAUUCCCGUAGAGAAAUGAACAUUCGUUCCCUGUGACAUUCUUUUGCUAUUCCAUAAAAACAUCUAGUCUUUCUGGAGCAAACUCCUGAUCCGUUAUGUUCUCCA